AUGCCGGUGGUGAAGGUGGAAGAGGAGGCGGCGGCGGCGGCGGCGGGGCCGGGCGAGCUGGCGGGGGAACCGGCCCCCAGAGGGGGCGGCGGCGGGCGGCGGCGGAAGCGGCCCCUGCAGCGGGGCAAGCCCCCGUACAGCUACAUCGCCCUCAUCGCCAUGGCCAUCGCCCACGCCCCGGACCGGAAGCUGACCCUGGGCGGCAUCUACAAGUUCAUCACCGAGCGGUUCCCCUUCUACCGGGACAACCCCAAGAAGUGGCAGAACAGCAUCCGCCAUAACCUGACCCUCAACGACUGCUUCAUCAAGAUCCCCCGCGAGCCGGGCCGGCCGGGCAAGGGCAACUACUGGGCGCUGGACCCCCACGCCGAGGACAUGUUCGAGAGCGGCAGCUUCCUGCGCCGACGGAAGCGCUUCAAGCGCACGGACCUCUCCACCUACCCGGCCUACAUGCACGACGCGGCGGCGGCCGCGGCGGCCGCCACGGCCGCGGCGGCGGCUGCCGCCGCCGCGGCCGCGGCCGCCGCCGCGGCGGGCGUGUUCCCGGGCUCGGUGCCCGUGGCUCGGCCGGCCUACCCGGGCCCCGGCUACCCCAACGUGGCGGCCGCGCUGAGCCCCGCGGGCUACGGCCAGGCGCUCGGCCCGCCCUCGUCCGUCUACUACCCGGCCUCGCCCCCGGCCCCGUGCCGGCUGUUCAGCCUCAACGGCCUGGUGGCCGGGCCCCCGGGCCCGGCCGAGAUCCUGCAGCCGCCGCCGUCGCAACCCCCGAGCCCGGACCUCAGCCAGGCUGGCGGCGGCAGCUCGUGUUCCUUCGGGGCCGCGGCCGCCGCCGCCUCCUACGGGGGCGGCGGCGGCGGCGGCGGCAUGCCCCCCCGCCCCUCCAACCCCAUGGCCUACUCCUACUCGGUCCCCAACGGGCCCUUGCCGUCCAUGAACCACGGCUCGUACUCUCAGGGCAGCAGCACCCAGCUGUUCGGGGCGCCCGGCAGGCUGGCCCUGGCCACCUCCCCGCCCGGGCCCGGCGAGGCCGUGGAUUUUUUCGGCCGCCUGUCGCCCGGACCGUUCGGCUCGCUGGCCCCCAGCUACAGCCCCAACGGGCAGCUCGGCGCCGGUCCCAGCACCUACCCCGGCCGGCCCGGCCACGGCCACGGACACGCUGCCUACCCCAGCAGCGCGGACAGGUUCGUGUCGGCCGUGUGA